AUGUCUUUGCCUACCAUAUCACUCCAACUUCACCAGGGUAAAGACAAGCCAAAAUCUGCGCCCAAUGAUCAUCUUGUCGGGCAUGUUAUUCUUGAGCUCAAGGCCCCAGUGGAUAUCUCGCAGAUAUCAGUCACUCUUUCCGGACGCUCAAUCUCCAGGCUAGACGGCACACGACACAGCCAAUCUCAUCAAUUCUUCCAAACAACACAUCAAGUCUUUCCCCAAUCCGCGGAGCUCGAUGUUCGAAGCUCUAAGUCGAGGACCAUGGGGCCUAAGCAAUAUGCCUUUCUAUUUUCUUUACCAGAUUCUGAAUCCUAUCAGAUCCACGUUGACCAACACUCCGGGAAGAAAUCUUUGACAGAAUGGUCUGAUUUUAAAAUCCAUGAGAGCCAGUCACUCCGCGGUAGACUCCCGCCUUCUACAGGUGAUCCAUCCAGCAACGCUGAAAUUGUGUACUCGCUCGAUGCAAGCGUCACAAUAGGCGGGAUCUUCAAACAUGUCAUGAAGAAAUCUCGCCAAAUAUUCUUCUACCCUACCACCAGCGCACAUCAACCUUCACAAUCCAUCAUCCAUCAGCGAGAAAUCACCUUUCGCCAAAUGGAGAAAGACAAAAAGUCGACACCAGCUUACGGGGUUGCCAUAGAGCUUGGUCGGGGAGGGCAUCUCGCCCUAGGUCAACGUGUGCCAAUAAAGGUGCAUGUUACCCAGGCCGACCCUACCAGCCAGGACGUACUCAUCCUCAAUGACUACCAAGUCAUGCUCAUCGAAAAGACAGUGACUCGAGUCGGGGCUCAAUCUCAAGUUCAACAGCUAUUCCGAACUUUGCGGACAUUGAGUAACCUGAAUUUGGGGAUAUGCCUCGCCGAAAUGCCCGUCAAUAAUGCGAUGACUCUAUCAGAUGAUUCAUGGGGGCCGCUUUCUCUACCGACUGACAUCACUCCCACUUUCGAAACAUGUAACAUCAAUCGCACAUAUAAGCUCGAGGUGCGAUUAGGCUUCAAAGGUGGACCCAAAAAGACACAGACACGCAUAUUAGAAGUCCAGUUUCCAAUCAACAUUGCGGCAAAUUGA